CUGGAGCCGGCCGAGCGCUCCACAAGUCGUCAGUUGAAGACAAGCUUGCCAGCGAGUCAGACGUGCAGUGCAGUGACAAAGUGACAAUCAUCAUGCAGUGCGACAAACUUACCGCCGCGGCCUGCUCCGAGCAGCGCCCCCAGCCAGUGCUCAAGUUCAGCAUCCGCGCCCUUCUGGGCGAGGACUUCGACAGCGACGUGCCUCGCGCGCCGCCCACACCCACGCCGAGCCCGACGCCGUCCACCCCGUCCAGCGAGUGCGACUCGGAGGCGGACUCGAGGCGCGCCGACAGCGACAGCGAGAGCAGCGCCAAGAAGAAGCACGAGAAGCCCACCUACUCGUACAACGCCAUGAUCAUGUUGGCCAUCCGCAACUCGCCCGAGAAGCGCCUCACCCUCAACGGCAUCUACGAGUACAUCAUGCAGAACUUCCCUUACUACCGGGAGAACAAGCAGGGCUGGCAGAACUCCAUCCGCCACAACCUGUCGCUCAACAAGUGCUUCGUCAAGGUGCCCCGCCACUACGACGACCCCGGCAAGGGAAACUACUGGAUGCUGGACCCCAGCGCCGACGACGUGUUCAUCGGAGGAUCCACCGGCAAGCUGCGCCGCCGCGUCCCCGCCAACAGGAGCCGCCUCGCCCUGAAGCGCGCCGCCGCCGUCGCCGCCGGCCACGGAGCGCCCCUCGCACCCUGGGUCAGCCCUUACGCCGCCAUGUACUCCGCCGGCGGCUCUAUGUCCGUGAACCCCGCCAUGCACCACCCUCUGCGCGUGCUGACCCCGCCGUCAUCUCCCCCGCACGCCUACCAGCACCACCACCAUCAGCAGCACCACUACUCUGCCGGCGCCAUGCAGCACCUGCAGGUGCCCCACCUGCAGCUGCAGCACCUGCACAACAUGCACCAGCAGCAGCACCAGCAGCAGCACCCUGCCAUGUCGUGGCCGUUGCCCCGGCAUGUUUCCCAGCAGAGGGUGUAAUUUGCUUAAAGCUUGUGAAAAUGCAGGAAGCUAAUGUGAUACAAAGACUGAGUAUGUGUGUGCUUAUCUGUGAGUGUGUGUGAAUGUUGUUUAUUACCUUUAUUUUCCUUUGACUGCCUAUAUGAAUUGACUGAUGGUGGUUGUUCUAGGCUGUGACUGUUUGUAUGAGAUUUUUUUUAUUAUUGACUUUGCAUUUUGAUCUAUUAACGUUCAGUGGUUCUAAAUUAGUUGUUUAGGCCAAAGAGUUAGUGUAACGCUGAUUAAUUUAUUACCAGUUCAAAUGUUGUGUAUAUUUUUUUACUGUUAAGGAUCAAUGAUUUUGACGAGUGUUGUUUGUGAUUGUUACCAACUUGAUUUUUUAUUGAUAAUUAUAUAUCAAAUU